AUGCUCGUAGCCCGUGCAGACUUGGCGGCGUCCUUGAUUUUACUUAACACUUCUAUCCGUUCUUCCCAUCCUAACUGUCAAAUUAUUCACUUUCGACGCUCCACCAGACGGAACACGCUGCUAGCAAACAACGUCCUUGCCAUCUUCGGAGCAAUUCUGAGCAGCCUCUGUUUGGUGGCCAAUCACUCUGCCCUCCUCUACGUCGGUCGAAUUUUUUCCGGGCUGAACAGUGGCAUUAGUAUUGGUGUGGCUUCCAUCUACCUGAUGGAAAUAGCCCCAAAGAAAUAUCGGGGCGGCGUUGGCGCUACCCACCAGUUGGCGCUCACUCUGGGCAUCAUGAUUGCCUACAUAGUAACGCUGUCGGCGCUGCUACAAAAUGGCAAUAAGUGGCCAAUCGCCAUCGGGCUGGGUGCCAUCCCCGCCGCCAUCUCCCUCGUGACCUUCCCCUUCUUUCCGGAGAGCGCCCGGUUCCUCUACCUCAUCAAGGGCAAGGAGGAGGAGGCAAGGAAGGCUUUUCAGCGUAUAAACGGCGACGAGGACGUCGAUAUGUUCCUGGCUGAGAUGCGUGAGGAGAAGGAGGUUGCCUUGAGUCAGCCAAAAUUCAAAUUCAUUCAGCUCUUCAAGCAGCGUGAUCUGCGUAUGCCCGUGCUCAUUGCUGUCUUGAUCCAAAUCCUACAACAGUUCUCAGGCAUCAAUGCGGUUAUCGCCAAUUCUUCAAUUAUGAUGGAGGCAGCUGGCGUGGAACCGUCCAAGAAAGAAUUCGCCGUCCUCGGCAUCGGGAUACUAAAUGUCCUCUGUACGAUUGUGGCCGUGCUUUUCAUCGAAAAGGCCGGACGAAGACCUAUGCUCCUGUGGCCCACUGUUUGCAUGGCGGGAACUCUCCUCCUGUUGACUAUCAUCGUCAACAUUGGUCUUUCCAAGUCUGCUGAGGAACGGACCCCCUUUGCUCUCACCUCAGUUGUUCUCAUCUGCGCUUUCGUGGCCUGCUUCGCCGUUGGGCUGGGUCCAAUUCCCGCUAUGAUUGUGUCUGAGAUCUUCAGACAGGGUCCGCGCGGAGCUGCCUACUCACUCAGUCAGAGCAUUCAGUGGCUGUGCAACCUCAUCGUCAUUUCCACCUUUCCAACCCUGAACAAACUGAUGAAGGGCUACGUCUAUCUGCCGUUUUUGGUGAUCGUGGUGGUAUGCUGGGUGUUCUUCUUCCUCUUCAUGCCUGAGACCAAAAACAAGUCUUUCGAUGAGAUCGCCCGCGAUCUGGCCUUCGGAACCAUAGUUGUUGGUAAGCGCACUACGAACCUUCAGACUCCGGUAUUCAGCAAGUACGACGAAGUUUCAAUCGCCGGUGGAAGCACUCAUCGUGACUUUGUUCAGCUUAAGUCCAAAGCGUAA